GUGGCAGAAAAGUGCCCUCCAUUUCAGAACUUUAACCUUAAACAUCCGCCUAGCUCCUUCCUCUUCCGGUUACGGCGAAAGCAGCUUCACAAUGGUGCAACGCCUGACUUACCGCCGCAGGUUGUCCUACAACACUGCUUCCAACAAGACCAGACUGUCCCGGACUCCUGGUAACCGUAUUGUGUACCUGUACACCAAGAAGGUUGGCAAAGCCCCCAAGUCAGCAUGUGGCAUCUGCCCUGGAAGACUGCGUGGAAUCCGUGCUGUUAGACCUCAGGUUCUGAUGAGGCUGUCCAAGACCAAGAAACACGUUAGCAGGGCCUACGGUGGCUCCAUGUGCGCCAAGUGUGUGCGUGACAGGAUCAAGCGUGCUUUCUUGAUUGAGGAGCAGAAGAUCGUUGUCAAGGUGCUCAAGGCACAAGCACAGAGCCAGAAAUCGAAGUAAAAUCUGUAUUUGUAUUGCCACAAUAAAACCAAAAAAAUGACCAACAAA